AUGCAGUUCUUUACUCAACCCUCAUCAUGUGUUAUGUGUCUGCUUGCUUCAAAUGAUUCCAGUCUUCAGACAUUAUUGGUCUUUAGAAUUCCCAGUAAUUGGCUCGAGAAUUUCAAAGAUCAGAAACCGAGAAUUACAAGGAUGAAUGCUACUUCUGAACAUUUACUACUCUCAGAGACUUUCAUAGUCUCUAAGGAAACUUCUCAUCAGAUGGUCAAACCUUCUAAAGAAAUUUCUUCAAACUUUCUUCCUCAGACAUUGAAGCCAAAGAAGAAGAUCAGUAAAAAGAAAAUGAAGUCCAACAGAAGAAGAAAACUAAGAUAA